AUGUGCGCAGUAGAUGAUCUGCCAGAUUUAUCGAAUGAGAUCAGCGGCGACUGGCCACUGCUCCGAUUCGCUCAGCGAGUGCCGUGCCCUGCAUUGACCACACUCUCUGCAGGGAGUAAUGAUCAGAGCUUGCCUGGGACACACGCGCUUCGUGUUCUUCAUCUGCAAUCUACGUAUAAGCUGCUGCAGAAUGAUGGCGACCGAGCAACAGCAGCUGCAGCAGCAGCAGCAGCAGCAGAUGCUGCUCUCCCUGCUGCACUGCGACGAGAUUUCGCCAACAUCCACGCUCGAAAAGCAGUGAGUCCUCCAUCGUAG